AGGAAUUCAAUCUGUGAUCUAGGUCAUUUGUGUCGUAAGCAACUUCAAGUUGUUUUCAAAAAAUGUGCAGUGAAAUAAAUUUUUGAUUUUUUAUCAGUAAAAGUCAAUGAAACAUCAAAAAUGUGCGCAAUUACUGUUCGUAAUUUUUGUAGGUUAACUAUAUAAUUAAUAUUAACAAUAUCAUCAAUAAUAAUCAUCAAUUACAAUGACACCAAAAUUCCCGGACGUCAAAUAAUUUUUCUACUUUUCAAAAAACGAUAAACUACAAAAAAAAAUCCAUAGAAAUUCUGCCCACGUUUUUUUGCAAUAGAUCCGUUGGAGAAUCCGUCAAUUUCUUGAUAUCAAAAGCGCAGACCAGAAAAUUUUCAAAUUUUUAAAACCAAGAAAUCGUAAGUAAAAUUUCAUCGACAUGCGCAAUAAUAUUUUUAAAAAUUUUUCAAGAACUUGACCUACAAAUUUAUGACUCCAUAUAUAUGACAUAUAUUAUACAGUAAAAAAAAUUCCAAAACUAACGAACCAGAAUUGAGUCAAAAAAAAAUUAUCAAGAAAACUACGAAAAUGGUAUCAGUUAAAGUUUCGUCAAUUUCUUGAUAUCAAAAGCGCAGACACCAGAAAAUUUUCAAAUUUUUAAAACCAAGAAAUCUAAAAAAAAUUCCAAAACCAACGAACCAGAAUUGAGUCAAAAAAAAAAUUAUCAAGAAAACUACGAAAAUGUCAUCAGUUAAAGUUUUACCAUUCAGUUUAAUUUACCACCAAGUGCGUGAAAAAAUUCUCCAGGGAUCAAUGAGCGUCAACACAAGAUAUCCAGGUGAUUCUGAUGAAAAUCCAUCGAUUUUACAACUGGCGAUAAGAAAGCACGACUUCCGCCUGAUAAAUUAUUUACUGAAUCACAAAGUUGACCUGAACGCGACGUCAAAAUGUUUCGAACCCGCUCUCCACCUGGCGAUUCGUCUAGACUCCUACGACCUGGUGAAAAAACUCGUCGAGUUCGGCGCCGACGUGAACGUAAAACAAAACUUCACUGACAGACUUUUUCAGUACACGACAAUUUACCCAGCAGUCAGCGAAGAAAUAAAACAAGUCAUCGAAUUGUUGCUGGAAGACAAGAAUAAUGACAACAUAUAUUUAGGGGAGAAAGGAUUUUUUAUAGCAAUGGGUAACGAGAAUUUUAAUCCAUACGACCGAGUGCUCGAGUCAGGUGUUGAUAAUCUACCAGUCGGUGAUGUCGUCUCUCCCCUACAUCUCGCGAUCCAGGAGAAUAAUUAUCAAAUAAUUGAAUACUUGAUAGCUAACGGUGCUGAUGUCAAUGCGAAUUGCGAUGGUGUCACGCCAUUGUAUGUUGCCGUUGAGAAUAAAUAUACAGAAGUAGUUGAGCUGCUGUUAAAAAACAACGCGAAAGUAAACAUCCAAACGCGACCUAAAUCACUCAUUCAUUUACUGAACUGGAGCAGUUCCUUUGAAAUAGUCGACAUGUUGCUGGCCGCUGGUGCAGACAUUGACCUAGAUGUCGAUGGCACCCCACUACAUCAUGCCAUCAGCAAUAAAGUAGAAUCGAUGGUUGAGUAUUUGAUAAACAAUGGCGCGGAUGUUAAUUUAAAAAGCAAUGGGAUGUCAUGUCUGCACACUGCCCUCAGGUCUCCUAAUGAUAGAAUAAUGAGCAAGUUAUUGGUAGCGGGUGCUGAUGUAAAUGUUUUUACGAAGAAGGACAUUGCGGUACUUGAUGAGUCUAUAUCAUCGAUAUUCAUCAGCCAGCAAAUGAAGAGGGAAAUUAAGCAGCAUAUUGUCAAACUAAAAGCUGCUGGGUUACAUCUCGUAAGAUGCAACUUGGAGGCUGUGGAGAAAGGCUUUGAUGACUACUACAUGGACUGCUGUCAGGAAGUUGAUUCGCUGAAGGAAGAAAAAAUUAAGGGGACUCGGUUGAGUCUUUAUGAUGUGCUGCGUAAAAGUAAUUAUAAGUUGGCGCUAGCGUUGAAAAAUUUUGAACCCAUUUUCAGUGAUGAAGGUGACUUGGAAUCGACGUUUCCGUUUUAUGGUAAAAUUCUGAGUUUUAAAAUGUACAGAGCGUUGGAGACGAAGGAAUAUUUGAAAGUCGCGAGUGAACUUCUGCAUGAUGUUUUUGUUGGCAAACUACCGGAUGUGGUUAUCAGAGAAAUUUUUGAGUACUUCAGUUUGAGCCAUUUGAGAAUUAUGAGUCUAUGAGUUUUUUUUAUGAUCUGGGCGGCGUUAUUGUAUAGCGCGGUGGAGAUGAUUGCGAGUUUCCUAUCAAAAAAUCCAUGGAGUCUGGCUUGGAUUCCCAUGGCGUUUUCGAGUGGAUUUCCAUUACUAUCCACAGAGUCCUAAAUCCUUAUGGGAAUCUAGUAUGGAUUCCUAUGGGGAUUUUUGCUAUAAUUUUCUAUGAGAAUCCACAAAGUCCUAAAUCCAUAUGGGAAUCUAGUAUGAAUUCCUAUGUAGAAUUUUGCUACAAUUUCCUAUGAAAAUCCACAGAGUUCUAAAUCCAUAUGGGAAUCUAUUCUGGAUUCCUAUGGGGAUUUUUGCCAUAAUUUUCUAUAAGAACCCACAGAAUCUUAAAUCCAUAUGGGGAUCUAGUAUGGAUUCCGAUGGGGAUUUUUAAUACAAUUUCCUAUGAAAAUUCACAGAAUCCUAAAUCCACAUGGGAAUCCAGUAUGAAUUCCUAUGGGAACUUUUAAUACAAUUUCCUAUGAGAAUCCACAGAGUUCUAAAUCCAUAUGGGAAUCUAUUCUGGAUUCCUAUGGGGAUUUUUGCCAUAAUUUUCUAUAAGAACCCACAGAAUCUUAAAUCCAUAUGGGGAUCUAGUAUGGAUUCCGAUGGGGAUUUUUAAUACAAUUUCCUAUGAAAAUCCACAGAAUCCUAAAUCCACAUGGGAAUCCAGUAUGAAUUCCUAUGGGGAUUUUUAAUACAAUUUCCUAUCAGAGUCCGCAGAGUCUUAAAUUCAUAUGGGAAUCUAGUAUGGAUUCCUAUGAGGAUUUUUACAAUAAUUUCCUAUGAGAAUCCACAGAUUCUUAAAUUCAUAUGGGAAUCUAGUAUGGAUUCUUAUGGGGGUUUUUGCCAUAAUUUUCUAUGAGAAUCCACAGAGUCUUAAAUUCAUAUGGGAAUAUAGUAUGGAUUCCUAUGGGGAUUUUUACAAUAAUUUCCUAUGAGAAUCCACAGAUUCUUAAAUUCAUAUGGGAAUCUAGUAUGGAUUCUUAUGGGGGUUUUUGCCAUAAUUUUCUAUGAGAAUCCACAGAGUCUUAAAUUCAUAUGGGAAUCUAGUAUAGAUUCCUAUGGGGAUUUUUACAAUAAUUUUCUAUGAGGAUCCACAGAGUCUAAAUCCAUAUAAGAGUCUAGUAUGGAUUCCUAUGGGGGUUUUUAAUACAAUUUCCUAUGAGAGUCCGCAGAGUCUUAAAUUAAUAUGGGAAUCUAAUAUGGAUUCCUAUGGGGAUUUUUGCCAUAAUUUUCUAUGAGAAACCACAGAGUCCUAAAUCCAUAUGGGAAUCUAGUAUAGACUCUUAUGGGGAUUUUUACAAUAAUUUUCUAUGGAGAUCCAAGUUCUCAUAUGUAUUUUUUGUAUGGGAAUCCAGGUACUUACAGUUUCUUAUACAGAAUCCCCAUAUGAAAAUUUAGGUGUCCAUAUUUUCCACCAUGGAUUUUUUUAAUAGAGCUAAAAAAACAUUAAUUCAAAAUUUUCCCGCCCUUAUGGUUCCUGAAGGGGCUACCAGUAACCAUAAGGGCGUGAAAUCAAUUUUUUUGAGACUGAUGUUUUUUUUAUUUAUAAAUUUAGAAAUUAAUAAAUACAAAUUUGAAUUUUUCUUGUAAGCCCUUAUGGUUCCUAGCAGGGCUACCAGAAACCAUACGGACAAAAAAUUCAAAUUUUUUAAUCGAUAACUUUAAAUUUAGAAUUUUUAAAAUCAAAGACGAAUUCAAAUUUUUUACGCGCCCUUACGUUUUUUUCAACUCGUUCUUUUUUUUUACUUUUUUAUUUUUCUAUUCAAUAUUUUAAUUUAAAAAUUUAUUUAAUUACCGAUAGUAAUUAAUUGUAAAUUUAAUUUCCAUUAAAAACCACAAUUUUAAUUACACAAAAUUUCAAUUUUAAAAAAUUCAAAUUUCGCGCCACAGUUAUAAUUUAUUUUUAACCGAAUAAUUAAAGUACUAGUG